CAAUAGCAUCACAAAAAAGUGCGUAGUGGCCGUACGGAAAUUUGAUAUUUGCUCGUCGUUCGUUUAUCAUUGCCGAGGCUUCGGUUGGCAGCAAUCAAAUUAAAAUCGCGGCAAAAACCUUUACCUACCGGCGUUCGCAAGUUGAAAUUCGAAGUAGAUAUUAAACAGCACCAGUUGCCUGCGGAACAGUGUUUGGUGGCGCAGUGUUCUCGGAUCAUCUUCUUUGAAAAGGCUGCACAGCCCGAAAAUGACGCGUGGCAAUCAGCGUGAAUUGGCGCGACAGAAGAACCAGAAGAAGAAUUCUGAUAAACCAAAGCAACGGGAAGACGGGUUGUCUCAUGAACAGCGCAAGCAACGUGAUGCAGAUAUAAUGCGACAAAAGCAACAAAAGAAAGAAGGUCCGGGAGCCGGUGCUCAGGCGGUCAAAAGUUAAUGAUCGCCCUGGUGUCGGAAGCUAAAGUAGAAAUCGAAGCAAACGCGCAGCACACCUAUCGUAUAUACCGCACUCUCGCAGCAAAGCUCAGACCACAGUUAUCCUGCCGUUUCCCCGCGACACCGUCAUGACCCAAUAAUGUCUUCGCGAUCACGAUCCUAUCGGGAGGCGCGUCACAUUGUUUCCCUUGUUUUGGCAUAACGCUUUAAUAAGGGGCAUUUGAAAAGAUAAUGAAGCCACCUGCCCACUUUUUUCGAACACGUGAGCAAUAUUGCAUCAGUUGAAGCAUAGAAAUACAAAGGCAACAUUUUGUUAAAGAUUGAAUGCCACACGGCUGCUCCUUGGACAACUCAACCUGACUCUUCCCAUUCGGGCUUAGUAACACAACCUGUUGGUGCGGUUGCAGGACAACAAGUUUAUCUCUGCCGUGCUCCCAGGAGACGCCAGAGAACCACAACGAGUACGGGAUGCGUUUGCUGCGUUGCACAGUCAGCACAUUAAUGUAGAACAACAAACCGCAGCCACGGGAAACGGAAACACGUUAUUUUAGAGGAUAAGUUCAAUUUUAACUAUUAUUAUUAACGAUGCUUUAUCUCUGUGUACGGCUUUUUAUAAUUAAUUUUUGAAUGUGUUCCGGAAAAACGACACAAUAUUACGCGGCGUCGCGGCGGUAAGAGUUGCAUUAGCAGCAAGCAGCAGCACCAUUAUUGCGAAGAAGAGCCUUUUUGUCCAUAUUGCAGCAGUAAUUAUGUGUAGGAAAAGGGUCCGCCAAUCUUGUCGAUGACGUACGGGAGAAGCGGGAGGAAAGAGGACAUAAUUUCAGAGAAUACAAUGCAGUUCGACGAUGGAAAACUCAAUUGACUCAAUUUGAAAGAAACACCUCAACAGCAUCGGAGCAUCUUACGUCGCGUUGGCCGAGAGCUAUUUUCUGCUGGCUUCCUUACCUAUGCGCCAAUGUUACUGGACCGUGUGUUUGGCCAGUGUUUCGAGAUAGA